UUUUAGAAAUAAAUUAAAUAAUGGCGAGUAGUAUAAUGAUAAAAAUUUCAUUCUUGUUGAAUAUCGUUUUGUUAACUUUGAACAAAAGCGAGCAAAUUCUAUGCUCUGAAAAUAAUACGUUAUUGGAGACCAUGGGUGAUGCUAUUUUAACUGUCUUCGUAGACGUCAAUUACGGACAAUAUUGCAAUAUAUCGUCAUCCAAGGGUCUCCAGCAAAUCUCGACGGUACUGGAUGUGGUACGAACUUUAAAUCAAUAUGAUUAUGUACCGGAUAUGAAGUUGGGGGUAAGAGUACUCGACACGUGUCACGACAAGAUUAUAGUGUUCAAACAAAUCUUGAGACUGAUACUCGAGCAAAAUUGUGCAAACUAUGAAAUGGGUGUACUGGUGCCAUCCGAGUACAGUUCCAUGGUGAAUUUUUUUCACGAUUAUUCAGACGAUCUACCGAUCGUCGCUUACGGGGAACCAAAUUUCACGAUGCCCACGAUCGACAUCUUGGCGCACUAUCUGAGUACCGAGUACGAGGUCAUCGAUCUGGUCCACGCCAACCUAAGUUCAAUUCUCAAGCGUUUUCUGGAAGUCACCAGAGAUGUUGGUGUAUGCGUGAAGCGACAUGACAGGUACGGGAACAUCGCGGAAGAGGUGGUAGUAGCGAUCGGCGAGAGAGAUGACAUACAACGAUGGCUGGGAGAGAGCGAGGACUCGAAGGAUAUCAGUGGGAAAACGUGGCUCCUGCUGCCGCUCGAUAACUCGGAUAUUGAUGAUCUUUUACCACCUGGAUCGUACGUUGUCAAACCGAAAACAUCUGACUUCGAUCUCAAUAAAUUCUCAAACGUAAACGAAUUCCUAGAGAAGACCGGAGACUCCAUGAACAACUCGCCGUAUCUCCUGGGCAUUGGCAAGGCUAUCGUCGAGCUAGCAGAAGUUUUCCAGGAAGUUCAGAAAAGAGGUUGCCCAACUGACGAUGAUAAUGACGGGAGCUACGAGGAAAACUGCGUUACGACGCCAUUUCGUUCGCAAUCGCAGCGGGAAAUACGCGAUUCCGAUGUCUACGAGGCUUUGCGGAUGCAACCGAGCUCGCACUCGGUGAGAUACGCGAUCGCCAUGAAGACGCGUCAACACGAGCUAGUCGACGUCGCUCUCUACGAGAUCGAGGUGUCCGAGUUGCGCAUACUUCCCGCGAAACUGACAUCCGGAAUGCCGGGUCUCUGUCUAGAGAGUCUCAUCGAGAAUUGUGAGAACUGCGCGAAUUUCCAGAAACGCUCCGAGGAACGAAAGGUCAUCACGAAAGAUGUCAUCAGUAGAAACAUCUUGAAGAACAGCGUUUACGUUCCUAUUUUCCUGAUCGCCGUCGUAUGCGGCACGCUUGUAUGCUGCAUCAUUGUGAUCCUCAUCGUUCGUCGUUUCGGAACGGAAGAGACUUUCGAUGGCAAUCCGACCUUCACGAUCGUCCUCGUCCUGGCAAAUAUAUUUACCCUGCUGACGGUGCUACCCUUCUGCUUCGCGGACGAUUAUUUCGGCGCGCAGAAGCUGAACGCCCGAAAAAUUCUUCACGCCACUCUCGCGUUCGGCUUCACAUUCUCGAUCAUGCUCUCGAGAGCACUCUUUCUGGCCCUGUCCGCGAAUGAUAUUUUCGUCGCUCACAUCAACGGAUAUCUACACAGUCUCAUGGCAUUCUUCAUGUUCGGCGUGCAAGUUGCCAUUUCUGUCACGUAUUUCGUUUUGAACACGAGAAACUCAGCUGUGAUUGCCAGGAGUCCAAUUUUUAUUGCAUUAUUGGGAUAUGAUAUAUUCCUAUUACUCUCAUUGUUUAUCGCUUCCUGCUCCAUCAUCCAAAUACAACGCAAUUAUUAUGAGGGAAAGUGCUUCUUCAGCACUGCUAUCGGUCUGCUGGUAGUAUGGACAAUAUGGCUAAUCUGUUUUAUAGUGAUGCAGUCAAAGAAUCGUGACACAGUUGUCUGCUUCGGCAUAAUUGGCACGGCCUAUUCUAUAAUUUUUGGUAUUUUAAUACCAAAAAUUUAUUAUAUGAUCACACCCCUAUUUAGGAAGAAAGAUAUCGUGCAAAGAUUCAAUCAUGUCAAUCUACCGACCGAUUCGAUCGCCAAGCAGUCAUGUUCCUCCUACGAGUAUAUUCAUCCAGUUCGAGAAAAUCAGAUUUUACGGAUGUCAACAUAUUCAGAUUAUUACGGCAAUCUAAAUCCUAACUCGAAACGUCUCGAUCGAUGUGAAGGUCCACAUCACCGUGAAAUGUCUGGAUAUGGUAAUCAUGGAUUUCAGACGGAAAUGAAGGAGACCGAUGCUGUUCAUGUCGCACCGCGAAUAUGCAUCGAGUCUCUAAGAAAUCUCGAAGUAGCAUCAAAUAAUGUCAUCUACGCGCAGCCAAGGAUCUAUAAGUCUCGGAGGAUAGCUCUAGGAGAAAAGAGCAAUGCAGAAGCCAUUUGUGAUAGAGAUAAUUCCUCACCUACUCUCAGAAUAUACAACGAAAUUUAUCCCAUGAGAUACGCCAGUCCAACGAAUAUGAUAAGGGAGCAAAAGAUCGAUGAGGAGGACGAGAAUGAAGACGAAGAAAAUGAAGAACAAAAGUAUCCAAGAGAGGACGAAGAUUUCAGUUUUACUCGGCUUUGAUAAAUUUAUUUAAUUUAGUAUUCAUACUGUGCUAUAUAUGA